AUGAAGAGCGCCCUUAUCGCGGCCGCCGCCCUUGCCGGCUCGGCCCAGGCCGGAGUCCACAAGAUGAAGCUGCAGAAGGUCUCCCUCGAGGAGCAGCUGGCCGGCGCCUCGAUUGAGACGCAGGUUCAGCACCUGGGCCAGAAGUACCUCGGCCGCCGCCCCGAGUCUCGCGCCGACGUCAUGUUCAACUCGAAGCCCCCUCAGGCCGCCGGCGGCCAUCUCGUCCCCGUCACCAACUUCAUGAACGCCCAGUACUUCUCCGAGAUCACGAUUGGCAACCCGCCCCAGUCAUUCAAGGUCGUUCUCGACACGGGCAGCUCCAACCUGUGGGUUCCUUCGCAGUCGUGCAACAGCAUUGCUUGCUACCUGCACUCGACGUACGACUCGUCGUCCUCGUCGACGUACAAGAAGAACGGCUCGUCGUUCGAGAUCCAGUACGGCUCGGGCAGCCUGUCGGGCUUCGUGUCCAACGACGACAUGUCCAUCGGCGACCUCAAGAUCAAGUCGCAGGACUUUGCCGAGGCGACCAACGAGCCCGGCCUGGCGUUUGCCUUUGGCCGCUUUGACGGCAUCCUCGGCCUCGGCUAUGACACCAUCUCGGUCAACCACAUCGUGCCGCCCUUUUACAACAUGAUUAACCAGAAGCUCCUGGACGAGCCCGUCUUCGCCUUCUACCUCGGUGACAAGGACGAAGGCAGCGAGGCCGUCUUUGGCGGCGUCGACGAGAGCCACUACACGGGCAAGAUCGAGUACAUCCCCCUGCGACGCAAGGCGUACUGGGAGGUUGACCUGGACUCCAUCGCCUUCGGCGACGAGGUGGCCGAGCUCGACAACACCGGCGUCAUCCUGGACACGGGCACCUCGCUCAACGUCAUCCCCAGCGCUCUGGCCGAGCUCCUCAACGCCGAGAUGGGUGCCAAGAAGGGCUACAACGGCCAGUACACCAUCGACUGCGCCAAGAGGGACUCGCUGCCCGACAUCACCUUCUCGCUGUCCGGCUCCAACUACAGCCUGCCCGCGACCGACUACAUCCUCGAGAUUUCUGGCAGCUGCAUCUCCACCUUCCAGGGCAUGGACAUUCCCGCGCCCGCCGGCCCGCUCGCCAUCCUGGGUGAUGCAUUCCUCCGAAGGUACUACUCCGUCUACGACCUCGGCAAGAACGCCGUCGGCCUGGCCCGCGCCAAAUAA